AUGACAUCUCUUAAGUUACCGACGCAAGCCCGGCCCGAUGCAUCAGAUUCACAAGAUGACCAUAGGAAGAACUCUUCUCACAACUCCGUUACCACCCAUCUUUUAGAAAGCAAUUUAAUUAUUGGAAGAGUUUUGAUACGAGGCAUUUGUCCUUUUCAUUCAUAUCCACUCGAAGGCAAGACAACUGAGCACGACUGUUUGUAUCCUUCCGCUCGUCUGCCUUCUUCAGAAUUCCUGAUUGACAGAACUAUCCGACCGAUCAGUCGGCAUGUCCGCGACUUUCUCACGCAGCAGAGUGAAGUAAAACUGCCUGAAUGGGCUAUUCUCCUCCCGAUCUUCUCUGUAUGCGCUUCCGCCUCUGCCAGUCUGGAGCUCGAUCCCUUGCAAUGA